UCCCUGCCCCAUCCUGUUGCUGUUGUGUCGCUGCCGGCUGCUACCCCUGGACCCACCAUGGAAGAGACACUAGAAGACCCCCCCACAUCAGCUGUCUUGCUGGAUCAUUGCCAUUUCUCUCAGGUCAUCUUUAACAGUGUGGAGAAGUUCUACGUUCCCGGAGGUGAUAUCAUUUGCUAUUACACCCUCACCCAGCAUUUCGUUCCCCGUCGAAAGGACUGGAUUGGAAUCUUUAGAGUGGGAUGGAAGACAACCCGUGAGUAUUACACCUUCAUGUGGGUUACUUUGCCCAGUGACCUAAACAGCAAAUCGACUGAACAGCAGGAAGUCCAAUUCAAAGCUUAUUACCUGCCCAAGGAUGAUGAGUAUUACCAGUUCUGCUAUGUGGAUCAGGAUGGUGUGGUCCGGGGAGCAAGUAUCCCUUUCCAGUUCCGUCCAGAAAAUGAGGAGGACAUCCUGGUUGUUACCACACAGGGUGAGGUGGAAGAAAUUAAGCAGCACAACAGUGAGCUUUGCAAAGAAAACCAGGAGCUGAAGGACAGCUGUGUCAGCCUCCAGAAGCAGAACUCAGACAUGCAGGCUGAGCUCCAAAAGAAGCAGGAGGAGCUGGAAACCUUGAAGAGCAUCAACAAGAAGCUGGAACAGAAAGUGAAAGAGCAGAAGGACCGUUGGGAGGCAGAACUGCUCCAACUGAAAGAACAAAACCAGAAGAUGUCCUCAGAAAAUGGGAAGAUGGGAGUCAGAGUGGAUCAGCUUCAGGCCCAGCUGUCAACUCAAGAAAAAGAAAUGGAGAAGCUUGUUCAGAGAGAUCAAGAUAAGACAGAGAAGUUGGAAUAUCUGAAAAAGGAAAAUGGCCAGCUCUUUGUCAGUUUAACUGAAGAGAGGGAGCACCAGCAGAAGCUCAAGCAGACACUGGAAGAUCUAAAGCAGAAAGAAGCUACUGCAAUGAAGAAAGAGCAAGAGUUAAUGGACCAGAACUUUGACCUGUCAAAAAAACUGAGUGAGAACAAGAUUAUAUGUAAUGUUCUACAGAGAGAGAAAGAGAGAAUGGAAAGAGAAAAUGAUCUUUUGAAGAGGGAGAACAGCAGAUUAAUGAGUUACAUGGGUCUGGACUUUGACUCCCUGCCAUGUCAGGCACCUGCUUCAGACCAAGGAGGUACAGGACAAAACCCAGGACUUGUCUACGGAAACCCAUAUUCUGGAAUCCAAGAAAGUUCUGCCCCCAGCCUGCUCUCCGUCAAGAAAUGCGCCACCUGCAAGUCAGACUUUGCUGAUGACAUUUUUGAUCACACCUUGGAGCAGCAGCUCGUUCAGACCCUUUAUUUGAAUUGUCCAAUUUGUGACAAGAGUUUCUCAGCAAAAGAAAAGCAAAUCUUUGAAGACCAUGUGUUCUGCCACAGUCUAUAAGUGUCUGAGCCUCUUUGAGCCUCUUGGAUCUAUAUACAUAGAUUUUACAGAGUAGAACCUAUAGCUUCUACUAUGAGUUAUGACACAAGAUCCUGCCUACCCUGAAAUUAGGGAUUUACUCAAUUCUGCUGCCCUAAAGGUAGAAUCAUGUCAAUAAUCUAGCGGGGGUGUGGAACCUUUUCUCUGCCAAGGGCCCUUUGGAUAUUUAUAACAUCAUUUGCAGGCCAGACAAAAUUACCAACUUAAAA